AUGAUUCUCUUCGUUAUCCUUUUGACCACUGGCCUCAUCGCUACAGCUAGCGCUCAAAGCUGCAGUGUAGCAACUUCAGGCUCUCUGAAUGGUCUCUGUCCGACAGGAUACACACUCAUCCCAUCGGGAUGCUGCCCCUCGGAUUGUGUUGUCACUGCCACUACUGCCUCGACGUGCUUUGACAAAUUAAACCCGGAUACCGGAAAAUCAGAUUGUCCUGGAAUGAAGGGCUACUGCACGAAUUCAGCGUAUCUGUCUCUCAUGAAGGAACAAUGUCCACUCACUUGCGGUUAUUGCACCGGUAAGUUUGACCCUUUCACAUGUCUCUUCUGGGUAGUUAAAUCAACUCUCAAGUGGUUAGGGCCGUCAGCUUGGUGA